ACCCCAUGCGCACUGAGUUUGAUGUGCGCGUGCUGUCUUUCUUCUCUGCAGUUCUAAGCUCCUCUGAUGCGCCUGCAGCUCCUUGCGUCAUGUAGUGGUGGACUGGUUGGUCUCAGAAGACUCGGAGGUCUCCCAAGAGUAGCGGGCAGCUCUUCACUCGGUAUGGCUCGGGUCCUCAGUAUUGAGAACGUAGACCAGAAAACUCUAGAAGAAGUGUUGCAAGAGACAUCUGCUGCUCUGAGAGGAGGUGGAGUCGUUGCCAUACCCACCGAUACAAUCUACGGCGUGGCCUCGUUAGUUUCAAGUAACGAGGGGAUAGAGAGGAUAUACGAGAUGAAGGGGAGACGGAGAGACAAGCCCCUGGCCAUCUGUGUCAGUGAUGUUGAGCAGGUUUAUAGGUGGGCCAAAGUGACAGUUCCGUCUAGUCUCCUGUCCCGUCUCCUCCCCGGGCCAGUCACCACAGUCUUUGAGAGAGGAGGAGACCUGAACCCUAUCCUCAACCCGGGACUCCCUCUGGAGUUCCGAGAGCUGUGGUCGUUCCUGGAUGUGGUGGUGGAUGGAGGAGUCAUCUCUCAUGGAGGAAGAGGGGGAGAAGAGGAGGCCAGUAGACUGGGCUCUACUGUAGUGGACCUCAGUCACACCGGAUCAUUCUCCAUCAUCAGACCUGGAAUGCAUUACCAGCAGACUGUGAAGUUACUCAGAGAUGAAUAUCACUUGAAAGAAAUUGUCAUUUGA